AUGCAGUUUGUCGGCCGCGGUGCCCAGCUCAUUGCACCCAACCAGGGCUGCGCGGUUCACAUCAUCAUGGAAAGAUCCACUGCAAAGACGAUGGAUUGUUAUGUCGAGGUCCAGACUAGAGAGAAUGCUCAUGAGACUGUCACUCGCAUCAAUAGUAUCUAUGAAACUGGCCGUGCUCCUCGUAUGGGAAGUCGCCAUGUUGCGGUGGAAGUGAGCUCCCAAGAUGCUCUUUUGCGUGAUCUGUUUCCUCGUGCAAAGUGCAUUAUCUGGAAUGAUGGCAUCCCAACCGAGCUGCGUAACAUGGACAGAUUCUCUACUGGGUUCUGUGGCUUCUUCACCAGUGAGGAGAUUGUUGGGGCCAUUCGCCAUGCGGAGAUUCCUCAUCGUUCACCUUUUGGAGCCAAAUGUCCCCAACGGACUUACGAAUCAACGAUUAGCACUCUCUACAAGUUCCCGUGGUAUGCGACCAGGCUGUACAGCGUACAUGAGCGCAACGAGUUGUUUACUUUGACCAAUCGCCAUAUGGUCUCUCUUGUAUCCCGCAUCAAAAGGAUAAACACCAUGGGACUUGACGAAAGAUUGAUCCGUGAUCUUUUGUUCGCUGGGCUUAACUGCCCGGCUUUCAACGAUCGCCAGAAAUACACGCUUUGCAUCAAUGCACAGGACAUAGGAGACUCUGUCAAAUUCCCUGAUAUAUCUAGAUGGUUUCCUUUCGACACCUUGGCUAAAAAGCCUACCAAGGACGAAAACUGCCUCAUGUACUACGCCAAAUUGAUAUCCCAGGGCACCACAGACGGCCUCGAAAUCAUGGGUCUGGUCAAUACAUUCCCCAUGCAUAACUACCACCUCGAUUCUCCCUACGGACGCGUGUGGUUCGAGUGGCCCGAAGCCGUAGCCAAGGAGACCACAUGGGAAGACGCAUCGAGGCACGAGAUGGACCUCCUUUGCAACCUCAUAGUGAGCGGCUUGUUGAACGACCGAGACAAAACGCCCGUCCCGCGUUUCCAGAAUCUCGCCAUUGGACCCCCGUCUGCGAGAAGUAACACCCAGGGCAGAGGCGUCAGCGCCCACAUGCAGUUUUUCCCAGCCUCGAAUCCCGAAUCGUCUGCUAUGGCUUCGCGCCGCGGGGCCGACAUGCUGGCUGUUGGUAGUUCCCAUGUUCGCCAUGCUACGGACACAACCUGGAAUCAUAAGCUGCUUCUACCUGCUACCAGCAUUACGGGGGGACCUCCUGGUCAUCGCAUUACUCGGUCCACUCCUGCUUGUAUCCUGUCGUCCGAGACCCCUUUGAAUGACGAAUACUGA